CGCCCUUCCGAUCGUCGUUAGGAGUCGCCGUCAUCAUCUCCGUCGUGAUCUCCGAGCUACGUUGGGAGAGGAGCGCCUCCGGCGUUUGCACCGCUGCUCGCGCACCCUUCCCCUCGCAAGCCCCUUUCCCAUCGCACGCUGCCGCUGUAGGCGGGCGGCGAUGCCGGCGUUCCUUCUGGCAUAUUGCGUCCAACUUGCGUCCGACAUGAACGGCGGUACAACGACGACUGCGCGCUAUGCCGCGGCCGGUGUGCCGGAGGCGGCCGCGCUGCCCGCGGCUUGUGCCCUGCGUUCCCCGACCGGCCGGCAGCCCAAGUGCGCCCGCUGCCGCAACCACGGUCGCCGCCGGCUGGUGCGUGGUCACAAGCGCCAGUGUCCCUUUCGGGAAUGCACAUGCGAGAAGUGCGAGCUCAUUGCCGAACGCCAACGGGUCAUGGCCAAGCAAGUGGCCCUGAGGAGGGCCCAAGCGGCUGCCGAAUCGACAGGCAACCAGCUGAUAACCGAUGAUGAAGACGACACGAAUCAGUUGCCAGCUAACGCUGUGCUCGGUUCGCACGUUCCCCCUCCGUCGCAGUGGAGCUCGGGCGACGUCAUGAUGCCCGACCCGACGUCUCCAUUCGCACAAGCAACGUCAGCCUUUGCUGCCGUAGGUAUCCUGGAGGACUUGCGAAAGCGUCGAUACGUCCAGGACGCCCUCGCCUGCCUUAUGAAUGCCCUCGCCGUGUCCGGUGCUGAUGCGCCGCCACUCGUUUACCUGUACGCGCUCCUGCGAGAGACAAACUUCAGCGUCGAUCGUGCUUUCUCCCGGCUACUGGAAGCUCGCCUCGAGGUCCAGUCACUGGCCAUCCAGGAGUCGUUGCAAAAGCAGUCGGCCGGCCUGGCUGUCGCGUCGGCUCCCCACAUGUGGUCCAGCGUGCCCUGCCAGCCGUGCUCCGCCCCAGCCGCCAGCGGUCUGCUGGCGAUGCCAAGUUUGCUGUCACUCGGGCUGCCGGCGUCGCUACCGCAACCUCUUCCCGUUGGCAUGUGCGCGCGGCCGAGCGCUCCGACCGCGCACAGCCGCGCCCACGCCGCUUCUCUGGCAGAGCGACCCUAUCCGGACGACCGUGAGAGACGUCGUUCAAGCAGCGGCGACUCGUCGGGCGACGAAUUGCUCCUGGAUGUGGACAGCGAGCUCGAGCACUCGCCUGCUUUCAAAUGCUCACCGGGCGCGUCACACGAUCGCAGUAGGCUGUGCGCUGCCGCACGCAACUCGUAGCUGCGUAUUAACUCGUAGCUUUCUAUUAUGCCUUGCAGUACGCUCGUGUAUUAGUAGCGUACUACAUGGCCGCCUUUUAUGGCGAGCGUCGAGUGCCUCUCAGCAAAUAGAUGCUAGGUAACAAGGGGAGGCAUCAGACGCAUCUUGCUGCAUUGCUAUGCGCAAUGUCCGGUAGGCGAACGUUCAUGGUCUCGCGCUUAGAACAACUGUUCAUGGGCGGCAUGGAAGCAAAAAGCUAAAUGUAUACAAUGGAAGUGGUAACCACUGCUUAUUUUCUGUGUGCUGAACCGCAUCCGAGGUGUAACGCAAUGCAGAGUAAUCGCUGAAAGCGUACUUGAGUGUAAUUGCAAUGAAUGCAGCGAGCCCGAAACCUUCAACUGAGAUUACUUCUGCAAGAGACAAGAAUACAUCAGCUGCACCUUUUGAGAUGGACGGGACAGAAAAUUUAGAGAAAGGGAAAGACGGGAACCGCUAGGGUUUUGAAUAAAUUGCGGCAUCAGUCCUAGCGUACGAACAUAGCAAUAUUACCUAUGUUAAUAAUAAUUGCUGGGGUUUAACGUCCCAAUACCACGAUAUGAUUAUGAGAGAGAGAGAGAAGCAACUUUAUUCAAGUGAAAAUAUUUUCACACGGUCAGGCCGUGCCUGGCGGUCACCUCGGCUCGUUGAAUGGCCUGGAGCUGUACUUUGAGGCUUGUACUGCGAAGUACACUUUCCCACGCCUCAGGCGAGGGAGUGGUCAGGAGAUCUGGCGGGGGUGGAUCCUCGCUGCAGUCCCAUAAUAUGUGAGAGAGGGAGGCGACGGAGCCACACUGCGAGCGGUGUGCACUGAACAGAUCGGGGUAAAUGUGUGCGCAUACACCUGUGGGCACGGGAACGAAUUCGUUUAGAGGCGACGCCAUGCACGCGAUCUCUUGUGGUUUCGUGAGUUUGGGAUGCGGCGGGGGUUUCUUUCGACGCCCAAGGCGUUAAUGCUGGGCUAUUUCUUGAUAGGAGGUCAGGGGCUCGCCGAGGUGGUCGGCGCCGUAGUGGAUGGUUCUGGAAAUUUCGACCACCUGGGGUUCCUUAACGUGCACCUAAAUCUAAGUACACGGGCCUCUAGCAUUUUCGCGUCCAUCGAAAAUGCGGCCGCUGCGGCCGAGAUUCGCUCCCGCGACCUGCGGGUCGGCAGUCAAUAUUACCUUUAUUAUAGCUAUGAGUACGAAUGAUCAAAGUUACCCAUGCCGCAUUGUCGAAGUGGAAGGAACAGAAUACGUUCGAGCUGGCAAGCGGAAGUCGAUCACGGCAAGCCGUUGCAGUGAAAGCUGGUGUUGGGCGCCCUCGCCGACAUCUCGCUUCGAAGUGGUGAUUAUGAUGAUGAAUGCAACCCGAAGAGAAUGUUGCGUGUCCACUAAGCACGACAGACCAAUAAUGUAGCAGCAUACACGAAAUGCAUUAUUGAUGUACACGUUUCGGUACAUGAAUAAAUGAAGACAUAAAGAAAAAGAAAGUGUGUGAUGAGUGAGCUUGGCCACCUUGAGUAGUUGUAGUAAAAUGAAAGAAUAAC